AUGUCAGCCAGAAAGGGCUAUCUGCUUCCUUCGCCAAAUUAUCCCACAACAAUGUCAUGCUCGGAGAGCCCCGCCGCGAACUCUUUUUUGGUCGACUCGCUCAUCAGCUCCGGCAGAAGCGAGGCUGGCGGUGGUGGCAGCGGCGCGGGGGGCGGCGGCGGCGGCUACUAUGCCCACGGCGGGGUCUACCUGCCGUCGGCCGCCGACCUGCCCUACGGGCUGCAGAGCUGCGGGCUCUUCCCGGCUCUGGGAGGCAAGCGCAAUGAGGCGGCGUCGCCGGGCGGCGGUGGUGGCAGCGGGGGCCUGGGUCCCGGGGCUCACGGCUACGCGCCCGCGCCUAUAGAUCUGUGGCUGGAAGCGCCCCGGUCAUGCCGGAUGGAGCCACCCGAAGGGCCGCCGCCGCCGCAGCCCCAGCAGCAGCCGCCGCCCCCGCCACAACCACCCCAGCCCCCGCCGCAGGCCACCUCGUGCUCUUUCGCGCAGAACAUCAAAGAGGAGAGCUCCUACUGCCUCUACGACUCGGCUGACAAAUGCCCCAAAGGCUCGUCCGCCGCUGCCGAGAUGGGCCCCUUCCCGCGGGGCCCGCCGCCUGACGGCUGCGCCCUGGGCACCUCCAGCGGGGUGCCAGUGCCUGGCUACUUCCGCCUCUCUCAGGCCUAUGGCACCGCCAAGGGCUACGGCAGCGGCGGCGGCGCGCAGCAGCUCGGCGCCGGCCCGUUCCCUGCUCAGCCUCCGGGGCGCGGCUUCGACCCGCCACCCGCGCUCGCCUCCGGUUCUGCGGAUGCAGCCCGGAAGGAGCGAGCCCUCGAUUCGCCGCCGCCCCCCACGCUGGCCUGCGGUGGCGGCGGCGGGGGCUCGCAGGGCGACGAGGAGGCGCACGCGUCGUCUUCGGCUGCGGAGGAGCUCUCCCCCGCCCCUUCCGAGAGCAGCAAAGCUUCGCCCGAGAAGGACUCCCUGGGCAAUUCCAAAGGCGAAAACGCAGCCAACUGGCUCACUGCAAAGAGCGGCCGGAAGAAACGCUGCCCCUACACCAAGCACCAGACGCUGGAGCUGGAAAAGGAGUUUCUGUUCAACAUGUACCUUACUCGAGAGCGGCGCCUAGAGAUCAGCCGCAGCGUCCACCUCACGGACAGACAAGUUAAAAUCUGGUUUCAGAACCGCAGGAUGAAACUGAAGAAAAUGAACCGAGAAAACCGGAUCCGGGAGCUCACAGCCAACUUUAAUUUUUCCUGA